CAGUGGUACCCCCUAAAACAACAUUUCAAAUAUUCCAAAACGCGUUAGGCUAUUUUCUUUCCUUAAAUUUUCGCACGUGUUGGCGCCGCUUAAAAAUAUACGUUUUAGUUUACGUUUCUAAGUUUAGGAUCUUCGCCUUGCGAUUUCAUUUCUUUUGCCUGAUAGCAGGACUAUAGGAGUGGCAAACAAAGAUAGCAUGAAAGACACCGAAGUCAAAGACAACACCAAAGAGGAGGAGCCCAUGAAGGAGGAGGCACCAGAGGAGCCUGCCAGUUCCAGCUCCGACGAAGAUGAGUACGAUGACAUAGAUGACGAUGAUGAGCCAAUGGACGAGGGCGAUGAGCCAACCACUUGUCUGUUUUGCACCGAAACAUCUGCAAACAUAUCGAUUGCCAUUGACCAUCUCGACACCCGGCACAAAGUAAAUCUAUCGCAGCUUCAGCUAAAAUUCCAAAUGGACCAGUAUUCCUUUAUCAAACUGAUAAACUACAUAAGAGCCAACAAGAUCAGUGCCGAGCAGUUAUUGUCUGCGGAACAGCCUCAUUGGCAGGAUGAGAAGUACCUCCGGCCCGGGGAGUAUGAGCCCUGGCUCUGCUACGACUACGAAGUCCUCAAAACAGACGCCACUCCGGCUCAGCCCUCGGUUCCGGAGCUGCAGCAGCGGAUUGCUGAGCAGUCCCAAUUGCUGCAGCAGGCCAACGAGGACAUGGAACGCAUGCGCAACGACUACAAGGCGCUUCUGCAAAAGGUACAUGGUGGCGAAGAGUCCAAAGGUUCGAACAAAAGUGUACCGCGUAACAACGUCUGUCUCGACAACGAAUACUUCAAAAGCUACUCCCACUUUGGCAUCCACCAUGAAAUGCUAAGCGACAAGGUGCGGACCAGUACAUAUCGCGCGUCUCUGCUCCAAAACGAGGGUGUUGUUCGGGGUAAGACAGUGUUGGAUGUGGGAUGUGGCACGGGAAUCCUUUCCAUCUUUGCCGCGAAGGCGGGUGCCGCCCGUGUUGUCGGCAUAGACAACUCUGACAUCGUGUACACGGCCAUGGACAUCAUCAGGAAAAACAAGGUGGAGAACGUUGAACUGAUCAAGGGACGGCUGGAAGACACAGAUCUCCCGGAGGCCAAAUACGACAUUAUCAUAUCCGAAUGGAUGGGCUAUUUUCUUUUGUACGAAUCAAUGCUAGACAGCAUCAUCUACGCCCGCGAGAACUGCCUUAACCCCAAUGGUAUAAUACUGCCCAGCCGUUGCACACUUAGUCUCUUGGGCUAUGGGAACGACACGCUUUAUGCCGAGCAAGUGGAAUUCUGGUCAAAUGUUUACGAGGUGGAUAUGAGCGAUCUGCGAAAGCGAUCGAUAGAAGAGCCACUAAUGGAGGUGGUGGACGCAGAGUUCAUGCUGACGGAUCCCGAACAAAUAGCCAACUUUGACAUAAUGACCGUCGAUCUGAACUAUCCAAACUUCACUCACCAGUUCAAUUUGAAGGUCACGCAGCCGGGACGAUUAUCCGCCUUUGUGGGCUAUUUUGACACUCUUUUUGAACUACCCUCCGCCGUCAUGUUCAGCACAUCACCAAGUGCGACGCCCACCCAUUGGAAGCAGACGGUUUUCUUCAUUGACAAGCCGCAGAUUGUAAAGGAAGGAGACAUCAUUAGUGGAAAAAUCACGUCGAGAAGACAUAAAGAGGAUGUCAGAGCACUUAGUGUAGACAUAGAAGUCUUUGGCAAGAAACACAAAUACAUGGUAGUUUAAUGUGGUUGAUUUCGAAAUAAAUUAAUUACGGU